UUGUCAAUAAUAGCACCUUUUGAAGUUUUCCUCCCCAAACUAGCACUCAGGAUCAGAAGUCACAAAAAUAGGUUUCAUUAAAGGGGUAAUUUACCUUUAUACCCUUUGUUAUAAGAAUAGAAAAAAAAAACAUUUCAUUUCAUUCGAUCGCGAAUCGUGUCGUCUCCUCUCGGGAAUCUUCAAACCCUCACCGGCACUGUCGUCUCCGACUCGGGAAUCGUCGUCUCCGGCUCGGGAAUCAUCUUCUCCGACUCGGGAAUCGUCGUCUCCGGCUCGGGAAUCAUCUUCUCCGACUCGGGAAUCGAAGUCUCCGGCUCGGGAAUCAUCUUCUCCGGCUCGCUAAUCGUCUUCUCCGGCUCGCUAAUCAUCUUCUCCGGCUCGAUAAUCAUCUUCUCCGGCUAUCUAAUCAUCAGCGUCACACUCUCUACUCUCAAAAUCGGUAACUUUUUAAAAUUAGGGUUUUUGAAUUAAAAUUUGGGAAGCUUGCGUUUUGAUUUUGAUUUGUGUGUUACUCGUUCUUAUUAACAAGCGAAGCAAAUGAAGACUUUUGUGUUGUUUUGUAUUUGUGUUAUUUCAGGAAAGCCUUCCAGAAAAGUUUGAAAUUUUUUUUUUCCUUGUUUACGCAGGAUAGAAACAAGAUGGGAGAUUCAGUACCUCUAAAACUAGCACUGCCAGAGCUGAAGUAUCCUAUUGGUUCACAGCCAAAAGAAAAGUCAGCAAUCAACCAAUACUCUGGUUCAGAUUAUAUCUCUAUUGUCAAAAGCAUCCUAAAACCAGAUGAGAUGAUAAGAGUCCGAGGAUCAUUUCUGGGACCUGUAAUGAAGCUCAGUGAGAGAGGAUUGAAGUUAUCAGCAAAGAUAGUCUACGCCAUUCUCACUAGAAGCAUCGUUUCUGUCAAGGAGAAUGAAGCCUGGUUCCAUUUCGGUGCGCAGCCAAUGAGGUUCUCUAUAAGAGAAUUUCAUAUGAUGACAGGCUUGAAAUGUAGUGGUGCAUUAGAAGGACCACGAAGGGAAACCGAGAGAUUUAAUUGGGAAUUGCUAAAGGGGCGUAGUCAUAAGUUAAGUGACGUGGUGGACCAGCUCAGAAACACAAGAGAAGAUGCUUCUGAGGAGAGAAUAUGCCUCGCAAUGCUCAUCCUGGUAGAGAGCAUAUUAUUGCGGAAGAGCAAAGGAGGGAGUUUUCCUUUGGAAUAUGCGAAAAAUGCACAGGAUAUGACAUAUCCAUGGGGAAAAGAGGCUUACAUUGUGCUCCUGAAGUCAAUUCAAAACGCUGUCGCGAAUCAUUUGGAGAAUAAAUCCAAAUUUGAGUUGCAAGGUUAUCCUCUAGUAUUCCUUCUUUGGAUACUAGAGUCGAUUCCUUUGCUAAGGAAUAAGUUCAGUAAGUGUGUACCAACAGUUGAGGUUCCUGGGCCGACUUACUUGUGUGAAAAAUACACUGAGAUAGAGAAUCCAUCACUUGAUAGGGUUUUACAGGUUGAAGCUGAUACAAAGCUGAAGGUCCAUUGCAUACUACCUUCUAUUCCUCAUGAUCCAGAAGAUGAUAUCUCCAUUGAAGACAAAUAUAGUGACGAGUUGGAAACAGUGAAAGAUGUAACAAAGAAAGGGUACAAGAUUACAGCCGAUGACUGGGAAAAUAGGUGUGUAGACACAUUUGACACAUUGGAUGCUCUUAUUCAAAUGAUGGCAAAUAAGGAGACUGGCCAAGCUUCUACUCCGAUUGAUGAGGAUUCAGUAAAUGAAAAAGUGAACAGGAUCAUCACGGUAAUGGAGGAGAAUCUGAAGAGCAUGAAGGAUCGAAUGUCAUUACUGGAAGAAGAAAACAUACAUCUUAGAGCUCGUGUGUCAGAGUUGGAAGGAAACAGCAAUGUUUUUCCCACUAACGUGACACAAAAGGUAAAUUCUCAAAACAUCUUCUUUUACAUUUGCAUUUUCAAGUAUUUUUUGGAAGAUCUUGUACAUAUUCUUGAAUGCCUUCCUAAUAUUUGACAAACAGCGAUCCAGUGGGACACCUUU